UUUUAAUUUACUUUUUUAUUUAUUUAUAUUUUUUUUUAUCAUUUUCUGAAUCUGUUUCCUUAGACAAGUUGUGGCCUUUUAGAGAAGGGAUGAGGAUUAUUGUGAUAGGAUAAAUCAAAUUUUUCGAUUAGGUUUUUUAGUUCUAUGGAUUACUGCAAAGUUGGAACGUUGAAGCUUCAGAUAGUAACAAAAGGAUUAUUGUUGUGCUGUUGGCUAAAAUUCCGUGAGGCCUUCCAUAUGUUUGACAAAGACGGCGAUGGUAGAAUUACAGCAAAGGAACUUGGGACGGUUCUCAGGUCGCUGGGGCAGAACCCCACGGAGACGGAGCUAAGGGACAUGAUCAACGAGGUGGAUGCCGAUGGUAACGGCACCAUCGAGUUCAACGAGUUCCUCUCCAUGAUGUCCAAGAAGUCCGAGAAGCACGAGCUGGAGGAAAUCACGGACGCCUUCAAGAUCUUCGACAAGAACGGGGACGGCUACAUCAACGCCGCGGAGCUGCGUCACGUGAUGACCAACCUCGGGGAGAAGCUGAGUGAUAAGGAGGUGGAGGACAUGAUCAGGGAGGCGGAUAUGGACGGGGACGGGAGGAUUAAUUAUCAAGAAUUUAUCCGAAUGAUGACGUCAGACGACCAACAUGGCGCCCACCCCGACUCCAAUAAAGCUAAUCCUUAGUUUAAAUAAUUUUUAAAGUCCAUUUGUAUAUAAUUAUUUUAAACAAUUUUUUUUUUUUAAACUCUCAACGUUGUUUAGUUUUUUUCUAAGAAAAAGAAUAAAUAAUUGUGCGUGUGGAAGAAAGAUAACUCCGAAUAAUAUUUUGUUCUUUGUCUGGUUUUAGUUAUCUUUUCUUGAUCCUCUUUGACUUUUAAAAUGUAUUUCACUAUAAAUGUUCGCACAUUUUACUUUAUUUUUUUUCAUUGAGGGGUCGUCCUUAAAUGACGUAAGGGGGGAGGGGGAGGGUCCAUAAUUUUGUGACGGUGUGUGAUUAGGGUGUGAAUAGAUGGUGUCACGUCACACUUUUUGCGUCUUAAAAAAGCAAUUUUAAAAAAACGAGUUAUAGCCGUUAUUGCGCGUUUUAGUAAACCGUUGUAAUAUAGUGUAAUAGGAAUUGAUUAAAAUACUCUAUGUUAACAGAGUUCAGACAAGAUUUUGGGAAAAUAUCGCAGUUUGAAGAAAAAUUCAAUUGCAAUUUUGAGGGGGGUUGUAGGCUGAUGUGUGGCGUCAUUUUCGU